ACAAAGGGCGAGAGGAAAUCCUAAGGAAAUGUGUGGGAUCACGCUCGGUGUUUCCAAGUAGCUUGAGCGUUAUUGACAAACUGUUUUCAUUGUGUAACGGUAGCUUGUGGUGCGCACCGUUCCUCCGACACAAUAACGGGUGCAGUGACCGACAAGUAAGAGGGGGGGAAGAGGCGAACUGAUAGGUCACAAUGUCGAUUCAGUACGAGGUGGAACAGCUGGCUGACAGCUACGGGGUUGCGGACUCGUUCCCCAAAGAUUUCGGUUAUGGUGAAGAAGAGGAGGCCGACAUCGAGGACAGUCCGUCGCCGUCCGACAGCAAGCCGAGGAUCCUGCUCAUGGGUCUAAGAAGAAGUGGAAAAUCAUCCAUACAGAAGGUGGUGUUCCACAAAAUGUCUCCCAAUGAGACCUUGUUCCUGGAGAGCACCAACAAGAUCUACAAGGACGACAUCUCCAGCAGCUCCUUCGUCAACUUCCAGAUUUGGGACUUCCCGGGUCAGGUGGACUUCCUCGACCCCACCUUCGACUACGAGAUGAUCUUCAGAGGAACGGGGGCUUUGAUAUUUGUCAUCGAUGCUCAGGACGACUACGUGGAGGCCCUGAGCAGGCUCCACCUCACAGUGUCCCGCGCCUACAGAGUCAAUCCAGAGAUAAACUUUGAGGUGUUCAUCCAUAAAGUGGACGGCCUCUCAGACGAUCACAAGAUCGAGACGCAGAGAGACAUCCAUCAGAGAGCCAACGACGACCUGGCCGACGCUAGUUUAGAGAAGCUGCAUCUCAGCUUUUACUUGACGAGUAUUUACGACCACUCCAUCUUUGAGGCCUUCAGCAAAGUGGUGCAGAAGCUCAUCCCUCAGCUCCCCACUCUGGAGAACCUGCUCAACAUCUUCAUUUCUAACUCGGGGAUAGAGAAGGCCUUCCUGUUCGAUGUGGUCAGUAAGAUCUACAUCGCCACAGACAGCUCUCCGGUGGACAUGCAGUCCUACGAGCUGUGCUGCGACAUGAUCGACGUGGUCAUCGACGUCUCCUGCAUCUACGGUCUGAAGGAGGACGGCAGCGGCAGCGCCUACGACAAAGAGUCCAUGGCCAUCAUCAAGCUGAACAACACCACGGUGCUCUACCUGAAGGAGGUCACCAAGUUCCUGGCCCUGGUGUGCAUCCUGCGGGAGGAGAGCUUCGAGCGCAAAGGAUUAAUAGACUACAACUUCCACUGUUUCCGGAAGGCCAUCCAUGAAGUGUUUGAGGUGGGGGUGACCACGCAGCGCGCAACAGCCUCCCAGGCGGUGGGCUCGCCCUGCAGCAAGGCCGUCGCUCUGAACGGGACGCCGCGCAACACUGUCUAGACACUGAUCUCAAGAAAAAAAACAAAAAGAUGCAAAAAAAGAGGACAGGAAAGGAAACAAGCAGAGAGCCUGUGGAGGAGAGAGUACUGAACUGGGGCUCACAGGCCACCAACCACAACCCCUUGCUCCUCCCAGCACCCAACGUACUGUGAGACAGCCAAGAGUGUGUCAGACAGCUCCAGCCAAGAGUGUGUGUGUGUGUGUGAGACAGCACAGCGACCUGUCAAGCUGGAAGGGAAAUGCAAGCACUUGUUUCUGGGGAAUUAGAGGCACUGUUAGGAAGUGAAAGAGAGAAAAACUGGACAGGGAAAAAAAGUCCAGGACCUUUCUUUGGAUUUCACGGUCAAAGGCUGUGAUAAUUAGCUGCUUUGUCCCUCUCCACGGACAAUGUGAGGAGGGAAAACAAACCCUUGUUGUGACCUCUUGCUUAUGGACAAAACUUUGAUGUCAGUUUGUAGGAAUCUGUGUGGAGAUGAACCCACCCCAGCCACUUCUGUGCUGAUAGAAAAAAAAGGUGGUCGAUGUGAACUACUGGUCCUAACACUCGUACAUGUUCAGAGAUGGCCUUAUGGAGAUGAAGCUUGUCUGCAGUGCAAGCUUUCUCAAACCACCACUCACCUCACCCUACCUGAAUGCUGCCCGAAACUCGCUUUUUGGUUUCAAUUGUGAAGGGAAAACAAGGUUUUUUGAGCAGACUGAAAAGGGAUUGCGUUGUCCAUAUAACUGGGUCUCGUGUGUGUGUAUGUAUGUAUGUAUGUAUGUAUGUGUGUAUGCAGGUAAAUAUGGAAGUAAGUGUGUGUAUGCAGGUAAAUAUGGAAGUAUGUUUGUGUGUGUGUGUGUGUGUGUGCGGGUGUCAAUGAAAGGUUUUGAUUGGGACCUUUUUACAGAAAGAGUUGAUGACCUUCUCAUAACAGCUGCUUAGCAUAUUAAACUCUUCAUCCGUGAAAGUAACUUUUCUGUGCGCUCCUCUGAAAAAAUUGACUUUAUGAUAGAUUUUAGAAAAUAUUUUGGUUGGAAAUUUGAAAAUAUUCCGAAAAAGCACUGCCAAAAUAUUGAAAUGACUCGGUUUUAACCUUGUUGCCAUUUAUUUAGAAAAAAUAUUUGUUCUAAAUACGGUAAGAAAUUUUCGGAGGAUAAUAUGAACUGGUUGAAACUUGCAUGUUUUUCCUCCUACAGUUUCAGUCCUGCCCAAAAUUAUGAAUUCUGUUUUUGUAUUUAGUUUGGCUCUGUUCAGCAGGAUUCACAAAAACAAAAUGUACCCAUUCCAAGCAUGCAUACAUCGGUGUCGGCUUGCUCUCAACCGUCACAGAAAGAAAACCAUGUGAGAAACUGCAACUAACCAAGACGAGUAAACAGAUAAACAAGAGAAAGACCAGAUGUCAUUACUGUUGCCACAACGUUAAGAUGCCUGUUUGUUUAUAUCGGGACUGAUGUAUGGAAACCCUGGCUGCAUAUAAAGACCUGAAUGUCAUGUUAUCUUGAUAUAUUUGCGCAAAAUAUUCAUGUUGCAGAUUUAACUCGGCAGACAUUAUUCCGGUAACUCUGUGAAACUGCUUCUUGAAACAGACCCUGAGACCCUCUUAAUCUAGUCAUUAUUAGUCACCUGAAAUUAACACUUGCACAUCAGAACUGUGAUGGAUGAUUGAUUUUAUGUAUUGUGAUGAUGAUAUACUAUGUGAAAUAAAUGAACAUUUUAAUUUUCA